AUGAAAACCGGAACGCCUCCGAGAAUUGAUGGAAGGUCUUUGGAUUAUUCCAAAAUGGAAGAGCAAGGUGGUGAUGAAGUGAUUGAUAAAUUUUCUUACCUCGAAGGGACGUCUCCUUUUAUUGGAGCUAAUCCUAAAAAACAGGGAAGAAUUCAAGGUUUGGGUCCAAGAUAUUGUCCAAGUAUAGAGGAUAAAAUUACACGUUUUAGCGAACGCGAAAGACAUCAACUUUUUGUAGAACCAGAAGGUUGGAAUACAGUGGAGAUUUAUUUAAACGGAUUCUCCUCUUCCCUACCCGAAGAUGUACAACAAAAAGCUUUACGUUUAAUACCAGGAUUAGAGAAUGCAAAAAUGUUCCGUCCGGGUUACGCUAUCGAAUACGAUUACUUUCCACCAACACAAUUAAAACUUACUUUAGAAACUCACCUGGUAGAUAACCUUUAUUUUGCAGGACAAAUUAAUGGAACUACAGGUUAUGAAGAAGCAGCAUGUCAAGGUUUAAUGGCGGGUAUAAAUGCACACCUGAAAAUAAACGAAAACAAACCUUUAGUUCUCAAUCGUUACGAAGCCUACAUUGGUGUUUUAAUUGAUGACUUGGUUACAAAAGGUACAGAUGAACCUUACCGUAUGUUUACUUCUCGUGCAGAAUACCGUUUGCUGUUAAGACAAGAUAAUGCUGAUGUUCGUUUAACUCCCCUUUCUAGAGCAAUUGGUUUAGCAAGUGAAGAGCGUUUCAAUGCUGUUACUCAAAAAGUAGAAAAUUAUAACAAAAAUCCAUUGGCUCGGCUCCUAUCAAUCAAAAAUUAA